CUUUGUUUUCUCCGAGGUUCAGUUGAAGGAACUUUGGAAGGUUCAGAGCACUUGAGUGAAGGUGCUUGUGAUUUCGAAGCUGGAUCAGCUCGAGAUGUCGAUGGCCGACUGGUUUUCGAUGGUCUCUCCCUCGGGGGGGAUCAGGUAUGAGCUCGUCGAUCGUGCUGCCCCCACCGCUUGGGUGAUUGAUGUCCCUGGUCACCGAGCGACGUACAGGGGAAGGGUCAUGGAGGACCGGACGGAUGAGCGGGGACGCCUGACGAGAGGAGUGCUACGGCGUAUGGAGCUGAGUUCUGACUUGCCGCCCUCAGUUCAUUGUGGACCAGGCACUGGUCAUGGACCACCUGCACCACCUCCGACUUCACUUUCUGUUGAGGAGGACCCGGCGGAGACCGAGCCUGCUGUUGCUGCACCUGAUGCGCCACCUCCUGCUACUGCCAUCGAUCCUACCGACGUGGCGUCGUCCUCUAGGCUUGUGCGGCCGAAGAGGGAGUCCGUCGUCCCAUCUGCCUCACGUAUAUUUUCUUUCUCUUCACCGCACGGCUACCGUGUGGACCCCUUGAUGAGGGUGGUGGAGGAGGAUGUUCUUACAGGAGAGGUGGAUGUGGAGACCGGCUCGACUAGGGCGGUGCGCAGGACAGUUAGGAGAGAGGUCGUGGAUUUGGACACCGAGAUGAUUACGGUGGAUUCCGAUUCUGACUCCGAGAGCAGUGGGGAGAGCUACUCGCCGAGCAGCGAUGAGGAGGAGGAGGAGCUAUGAGCUGAGCUGG